UGGAGGGAGACACAGCCCAGCAGAACAACACAUGGUGUAUAUAGAUUGCUGGCCCAUCCUCGUGACAGUUUGUGCUUGUCCCCUCUUCUUCUCCCCACCCUUCACGGUUCAGACAACUCUUGCACAGUUGUUUUAAUAUUCCCUUUUCCUCUCGUCAUCCUUGCCUUUCGAGUCCAGUUUCCUUGCCGGUUCCAUCACACUCUCGCUCAACGAAACACAUUCGCUUGUUUCCCAGUGACCUCCAAACGCAACCACAAAUAUGCAGAUCACCAACUUCCUCGCUGCCGCGGUGGCCGUGACCCCUCUGGUCGCCGCUCACUCUCCGCUCCUCAGCUCCCGCUCCGGCCGCCCGAGCCGUUGCGCAAACCACGUCCCUCCGCCCAAGAUCUACGACCAGAUGUCCCGCCUAGCCGACGACGACGUCACCUACGGCCGCGUGCACGCGGCCGAGAUCGGCCAGACCAAGUGCAAGCGCACCAUCAAGGUGCCCACGUGGAUCCACGCCGCGGUGCCCGAGAACGCGACCGACGCAUAUCUCAACGACGCCUCGCUGCAGAAGCAGCUCGAUGUGCUCAACGCCGCCUACGUCGACCACGACGUCAUCUUUGUCAAGGAGGGCUUCACCCGCACCGUGUCGGACUCCAUCUCCGUCUUCAGCUACUCGGACGACGCCGAGGGCGCCAUUGGCGGCUCGCCCAACCCCGACAUUGAGGCAUACUGGAAGCAGUACCGCACCGGCGACUACAAGACGCUGCACAUCUGGCUCUACAACGAGAUGACCGCAGGCCUGCUGGGCAUCGCCACGUUCCCGGACCUUGACAAGCCCGAGAGCGACAAGUGGCUCGACGGCGUCCACGCCGACGGCAACUCGGUGCCCGGCGGCUCGCUGGACAAGUACAACCUGGGCAUCACCGUGGUCCACGAGGUCGGCCACUGGCUCGGCCUGUUCCACGUCUUCUCCGACGAGGGCAUCUGCGGCGGCGACGGCGACCUCGUCGCCGACACCCCCGCCCAGAGUGAGGCCACCUACGGCUGCCCUGCCGACGGCACCAAGGACUCGUGCCCCGCCCCCGGCCUCGACAGCAUCCACAACUACAUGGACUACUCUGACGAUGUGUGCCUGACCGAGUUCACCGAGGGCCAGGAGGCGCGUGUGCACAACUCCUGGACCAACAUCCGUGCCGCUGUGCAGUGGUAAGCGGUGGCUAAUGCCAAAAUAAUGGGGCAUUUUGAUUAAAAGUUUCAAGCUGGCGUGGUGUUGGGGUUGGGUGAUGACAAAUACUUGUCCAGUUUCAUGGAGAUCUAGAGAAUAUAAUUGCUUGUAUAUAUUUCAACGACCAAUUGAUGGUUUUGUCUUGUACGGUCACCUC